AUGGGAUGUCAUGUGACAAGAUGGCAGCCUGGUGGUCUUUCAAAAUCAUCGAAAACUCUGAGCUCUCUGAUCGAAGAAUUGAAAGAAAGCGCGAAAAAAGCACGAGUUCCAAAUUUUCAAACAUACCAGCUUCUGCUUGAAGAUCCCGAUAGAAGACUUGAUCCCGUGAAAGUAGAAGUGAUUGAUAUAAAAGAAAAUCGGGUUUAUUUCAACACGCCGGAGGUGAACAAAAACUGGUCGCGCGGAAUCUUGAAUUUGGAACUGGAUGGUUUGGGAGUGCUAAUCACAAAUGAAAUUGUCUUCCACGAUUUUUUCGAUAACAGAUUUUAUCCACUCGUCCUGGAGGGAUCGAAAGAUGAAAAGAAAGGAGACGCAAGAGAGUUCUCGUUGGUCAAAGAUCUUGAAGGAGUCGACAAAGCGGGAAGAAAAGUCAAGUACUUGGAGCUGAAUUUGAACCAAGUCCCCGGCCAUCAUGUUGAAGACGGACUUGAUAUGCUCAAAUACUUCAUCAAGCACAGUUCUCUUGGAUUCUUCAACGAGAAAAACAAGCACCAAAACGUCACCAUCGCGCACGGCGAAAGAGUUACAAUGGCCGAUAAUCUUGGACAAGACAGCUACUCUGGACCAGUUCUCCACGGCGCUAGAAAUAUCAGCGCUUUCACGACUGUCGAUAAUCUGAACAUCCUCCGAUUCGAGGCAAUGUACGAAUCUGACGCGGCGCACUAUCUUCAGUGGAAAUAUUCCGAAUUGCAUUUUAGCCUUGGAAAUCAGUCAAAAAUCAUCGGAGUCAUCAGAAACCCGUGGAAAAACAAGGUCGCCAUUAUCCUCAGCGUCGUUUUCUCCAUCAUCUUCGUCCUUCUCGCCGUCAUCGGAUAUCUCUUCUGGAAGAAUAAGAAGCAAAAAGAAACAAAUUCCAAAGAAAUGGACCGAUUAAUCCCGCAGUCUUUCGUGAUCAGCAAUACGAAAGCGUUUCAAGAAUACAUUCAAAAGGUGGAAAAAGAAGAUCCAAUGCUAGCAAAUGGUCUCAAAAAGCUUUAUAUUCCGAAUGAAAGGAUCAAAAGAACAGAAAGAAUUCUCGGAAAAGGCCAGUUCGGAGUUGUAUCAGUAGCAAUUGUCGACGGAAAAGAAUGCUGCGUGAAGACGUGUCGGGCAGACAUUUCGCCACCUGACGAUGUCGAUUAUCGAGAAGUGGAGGCCUUCCGCAAGCGCAUGCUAGAGCUGAACCAGGAUUUGUUCAAGGAGAUUUUCAAAGAGGCAUUCGAAAUGGCGAGAUUCGAGCAUGAGAAUAUUAUGAAAUGCGAGGGUGUCAGUUUAGACGAGAAGAUUAACCCAGAGAAAUGGCUUUUUCAAUCAGCAAUUUUGAUAAUUCUACCGCUGAUGGAUAGAGGAGAUGCUCUGACAUUUAUCAGAUCUCCUGAAAGCCCUGUUACUUAUAAGCUUUGCAUGCAAUUCGCGAUGAAUGCAGCGGAUGGAAUGGACUACUUGUCGACCAAGAAUGUGAUUCAUCGAGACUUAGCUGCGAGAAAUUGCCUUUUGGAAAGUAACGGAACAAAAAUUAAUCUCCGAAUAUCCGACUUUGGCCUUGCAAAACACAUGGAAAAUGCAUACGGCGAUUAUGACCAGUACAGUAUGCAAACGAUGACGAAGCUUCCUAUCAAGUGGCUGGCGCCUGAGGUUUUGAAAAAUAAGCAAUUUACGACAAUGAGCGAUGUUUGGGCGUUUGGAAUUCUGAUUUGGGAGAUUUUUACGAGAGGGUUGGUUCCUUAUGGACCCCAGAAUAAUUGGAAAGAGCUUGAGGAAUACCUCCAGUGCGGCCGGCGACUCGACAAACCAGAUCACUGUGACGAUGAACUGUACGAUACACUUUUAUACUGCUGGCAAUUCGAGCGGCAGAACCGACCUUCUUUCAAAGAACUCUCGACGUUUUUCAGGGAGCAUUACAAAAGACUCAACAAAAAUAGCAUCAGUAAACGGCGGCCAACUCAGCUUCGAAUGCCACAGACGCCCGAAUCAACCGACUUCGAAAUCGCCUACGGCCACGAGCCCAAAUCCAACCCUCUAUCCGUCAAAUCCAAUCAAAUCUACGAAGUCGCUUCGAGAAGCUCCAUCGCGGAAAAUUUCGAACAAGAAGUUUACAAUGGCCUGCAAGACUACGUUUCCCCGCCAACGAUUACUGGGGGCGAUUCGGUGGACGACCUGACUUAUGUUGAGCCAAAAGGGUUGAACAGCGCUGUGGAUAUUUGA